AUGGCAGCCGGAAGCCCCAUGCCGCAUCUGCAGUCCGUUCUCAAAUUGGUAAUCGAUGUCCAUCCCGGGCAUGUUCUAGUCAUCGCCAGUCUCCCGCAUGAAGCUGUCCUUGCCAAUGGCCAUGUGGUCAUCCUCAUCGCCACCAUUAUCGUUGUCCUCAUUGCAGACACUUCAAGUUUAUCGCAUUGCAGUUUGUCGAGCGUCACGCGGCUUUUCAAUCACUGCUUGCUGAAGCUAGUCGUGUCAACUGCUUGGAAAACUGAGCUGCACAUUAUUGAGAUCGUGGUAUUGUCUAAGAUGAGAGAGCUCCUAGGGUGCGUUGUGCUUCUUGCAUGGGUUACUCGCGUCGUUCGAGGCGAAGAUCCUUAUUUGACUGAGCCGCCAGAUUACAUUAAAGAAUGUAAAAUAGCCGAUAAGAAUUUCAUCAACUGUUCCACGCAAAGCAUACAACAGCUCUUCGACAAACUAAACGACGGCAUUCCGGGACUGACAAGCAUCAAAAGCUUUGAUCCAUUCUAUUUGAAUCGCAUCAGAAUAUCACAAGGCAACAGCAAUGCGAUCAAUCUAAAAGUCGAGCUGGCCAAUGUAAAGAUUAUUGGAUUUGGACACACCAAGGUGCUAGAAAGCAUAGUUUUCAAAAAGGAUUACAGCUGGAAGACAACGUUUACGUUGCCGGUCAUGAAGCUCCAAGGUGACUAUAGUUUAUUAGGGCGCAUAUUGCUCAUUCCGCUGAAUGGGCGUGGUCAGGUGUUUUUGGAUGCAGAAAACAUGACAGUCACCAUGCACACAAAGACGCGACUAUACACGAAAGGCGACUUCACAUUUUACAAUGUGACCAACUGUCGCGUGGACUUCAAAAUUGAUGGCCUAAAAUCGUAUUUCUCCAAUCUUUUUAACGGCAACAAGCAAUUAGAGGACAGCACCAACAAAUUCUUCAACGAUAACUGGCGCAUGCUGGCCGAUGCUCUUUACACCGUAAUCACACAGACCAUCGAGGAUAUUCUGCUAGAUGUUUUGAAGAAGAUAUUUCACUUCAUACCAGCAAAUUACUUUGUCAGCGACAUACCCACGCCAGAGCAACUCUAUGGGAAAGCAAAGCCAAGGCCAAAGUGA